AUGUAAUUAAACGACUACAAAAUCAACCGUAAACUAUUAAACUUUACUAACAACUAAGGAUCAAACACAAAAAUUAAAUAUCUAUCAAGAGAUUCUAGUGUUAAUUAAAUUGAAUAAUCUAUUUAUAAGUCUCUCUCAUCCAGUUAAAUGUUAUGCAAAUCACAUAGAAACAAUAAUUAUAUAACAAACAAAAUAUAAUAAAUAUCAACUAUCGGAAAUAUCUAUAAUAAGGAUUCAGCUUAUUUUAAUAAUACAUCAAAUGAUCUAUCAAAUAUUCCACCAAUAAGAUCUUUAAAUAAAGAUGAUGGAGAUAAAUUGAUUGCCUCUCUUAAUCAUCAAAUUAAAUAAUAAAACAUUUUAAUAUCUAAUUUAAAAUAACUAAUCUCAACUUAAACAAAUGAUAUUGCUCAAUAGUCUGAACUUAAUUAAAAUUUUUCGGAAAAACAAUAAAAUUAUUAAGAAACUGAACAAAACUAUCAUUCCUUUAACUUAAAAAGUAUAAAAGUUAUCUAAUUUAGUUUUAUAAAUAGCUUAGGUUACAGAAAUUUUACCUUAUACCAAUGAUUCUCUAGAAAUUUUAAAUUAAAUUUAUUCAAAUGAUUGUCUAUUGUAAAUUGCAAUAUAAUAGAGAUAUUAAAGACUAAAACUAAAUCUUAUGAAUAAAUGGUAUAAAGCUACUUAACUAUCAAAAUAAUUAAAUAAAUUUAUUUAAUAAUUAGAUAGAAAAAAAUUAUCUCAAUAUUAUUUUUAAUGGAAACGAUAUUUAUCAUUAAAAAAAAGACUUUUUUUAUUUAAUUAAGUCAAAUAAUUCAGAUUUAUGAUUUAGAAUUGGAAUAAAUGGAAGAAUUAUAUAAAUAUCAAAAUUUAAUUUUAAUAAAAUUGGACAAAAGCUAUUUAAUUCUAUUCCUAAAAAUUACAAUAUAAAUAUUUUCAAAUGUUGAAGUAUUUUUACCUACAUUAUAAUUUUCAAAAAACAGAAUUUUAAAAUUUAUCUUUUUCAACUCGAUAAAAAUUAGAUUUAUUUCGAUUAUCUCAAGUAUUUAGAUUAUAAAUAUAUAUAGUGUAUCAAUAAAUGGAGAAACAUUAUUUUUCAAAGGAAAUUAUUAUAAGGCAAGUUAUCUAAUUAUAAAAAAUAAUAAUAAUUAACUUUAAGAAAAAAAAUUAUAAGAUUUCUUUAUCUAAACUAAAAAUAUUAUGAACAAAGAUAAUAGACAAUUCUACAAGAAAGAACGAAAAAAUACUUAAUUAAGAUAUUUGUAUUUUUGAAAGUGCAUUUUAAAAAUGUUGCAUUCAAAAAAAAUUAAAUUAAAUAAAAUAAAAAUUAUUUUGUUAAAUACCAUGUUUGGAAAUAAUGGUAAAGAAAAUAAAAUGUAAAAAGAUAAUUAGGGAUUGUAAGCCAAAAGAUAAUCGAGAAAAGAUUAUCAAAAUAUAUAGAAAAAUGUAUUCUAAAAAUUUAUUAUAGUAUUUCUUUCUUUAAAGAAUAAUGCAAAGUACAAAAAAUUAAUAAAAUAAAAUUUUGAGUUAAUAAGUUAAAAAUAGAAUAAUAGAAUUAUGAAUAAAAGUAUGAUAAUUUGGUUGAGCAGUUUAUUGAAACAAAGAAUUCGUCUAGAUUUGGAAUAGAGUUCUUAAAUAAUUUAGUUAAAGCAGAUAGAUUAAUAAUAAUCAGAUGAAGUAUUUGAAUUAAAUCAAAUUUAUCUAAAUAAAUUAGAGGAGGUUAAAAUAUAAGAUUAAGAAAUCCAAAAUUUAAAAUGUAUUUAAGAAAAUUAAAAUCGAAUUUAACAUGAAUUACAAAUGCAAUAGUAUAUAUUUAUUUAUAUUUUGUGAUCAUAUGCAAUAAGAAUUGAUAACUUAUAAAUAAUUGUUAGUUAAUUACCCUAGAGAUAAAGAUGAGUUACAAAUUUUAUAAGAAUAAAAAAAUUUAAUUUAAGAAUAAAUAAAUGGAUUAAAAUAGCAAAAUAAUUGUAAAUUAUAAAAUGAUAAUUUAGAAGCAAAUGAUGUGUGCAACAAUGAUUAAGAAAUAUUAAAAUUAUAAUUAGAAAUGAAUAAUUCCAUUUUCAAUGAAUAGCAAGAAAAAUACAUUGAAUUAAAAGAAGAUUAUUCUAAAAUAAUUAAUGAUUAUGAAAGAAGAAUUCGAAAUUUAGAGAUACAUUAUUUAGAAUAGAGCAAGUAACAAAAAAUAAAAAUUUAGCAAAGUAUUUUUGUUAUAUUUAUAAUUUCAAGUUCAAAAUGAUAAUAAAAAUUUAGAAUUAUAAGGAAGUAGACAUAAUUCAUAACCAGAAUAUUUUUCUGAAAUGAAAUAACCAAAUAUAUUAUUUUUCGAAGAUAAAAUAAAUUUUAAUACUUAAAAUUCGCCAGAAAAAGUGAGUUUAAAUUAAUAGUAAUGUAUUAUAACAAUUUAGACUAAUUCAAGAUGAAGAAACUGUAAAAUUAAGAGAAGAUAUUAAAAAAAGAUUAGCGUAUUUAAAAAGUUAAAUGGAUUUAAAUAAGUGA